AUGGACAACGAUGAACCCUUGAUGCCGUUCAUGAAAGAUUUCGAAGAAAUCCAGAAAGGCAUCGAACAACUCGACAUCAAAUGUGCGCACGAACAGAUGAACAUCCAGAAGCAAUAUGACGUGAAGAAGAAGCCUUUGUUCGAAAAGCGAGAAGAAAUAAUCGAGAAAGUCCCCCGCUUCUGGGCCAACACAUUGAGGAAGCACCCUGCACUAAGCGACAUAGUGCCCGAAGAUAUUGAAAUUCUGAACUGCCUAGUCAAAUUAGAUUUAAAAGAUAACAUGGACAAUAACGGCUCAUAUAAAAUUACCUUCACCUUUAAUGAAAAGGCAAAGGAAUAUAUGGAGCCUCUAAUUUUGGUAAAACAUGUCACCUUUGAUAACAAUCAGGAGAAAGUCGUUGAGUGCACCCGAAUCAAAUGGAAAGAUGGAAAGAAUCCCAUAGAAUAUGUGUGUAAUAAUAGAUGUGACUUAGAUAACGAAAUGCCAAAGUGGUCAUUCUUCGAAUGGUUCACCACAGAGGAGUUACAAGAUAAGCCUGAUGUAGGUGAAUUGAUACGAAGAGAAAUCUGGCAUAAUCCUUUGGCUUAUUAUCUUGGGCUAGAUGAUUUUGACGAUUUCGAGGAAGACUUUGAUGAAGAGUUUGAUGAUGACGAUGAUGAUGACGAUGAUGAUGAGGAUGAUGAAGAUGAUGAAGAUGAGGAGGAUGAAGAUGAGGAGGACGAUAAGGACGACGAUGAUGAGAAGGAUGAUGACGAUAUGGAUGGAGAUGACGACGGGAAGGACGACGAGAAUGAUGACUAA